GCGUCGACGCCGGAAGCGGAAGAGGCGCGUUGACAUGCUCGGCUGCAGGUGGGCCCCGCGGGGCUGGAGCCCUUUCCGCCUUGCGCUCCGCUGCAGGGGCGCCUCUUCGGCGGAAGACGCCGGAUCCGGCCGGCAGACAAAAAUUACUUCGGAGUUGUUGGAUCAUCUUGAGCGACUGGCGCUCGUUGACUUCCGCAACUGGGAGGGCGUCCGCCGUUUGGAGAGCGCAGUUGAAUUCGCUGAACAACUUCAAGCGGUGAACACUGAUGGAAUUGAGCCCAUGGAAUCGGUGCUAGAAGACAGGCGUCUCUACCUCAGGGAGGAUAAUAUCUCGGAAGGGAAUUGUGCAGAGGAACUACUGAAGAAGGCUUCAAAGACAGUUGAAGGAUAUUUCGUAGCUCCACCAGGUAACAUUCCUCUGCCAAAGGUAGAAGAGAGAAAUACUUUUCUGUACAAGGAAGAUUCUUAGUAGAAGAUCCGACUUGAAAUGCCAUCACCGAUUGCUUUUAGACACGUUGAAUUGUCAUCUAAAAUUUUUAUAUCAAGUAUCUCAUAUAAUUGGGGGGGGGGGAACAGGAACUGAAAUGACUGGUGUUGCUUAGCCAAGAAAAAAGACAUAGAGCUGUAUGGAUUAGGAAAGAGUAACAGUGACACUAAAUUUAACACAAACAUGGUGUGUGAACAUGUCUAGAACUUCUUUUAAACCCCAUACAAGAAUUCUGGUCAUGUUAAAAUUUUGUACUAGUUUACUGGUACAUUUUAUAGGGUUAAAUAUUUUAAUCACCAAACCUCAGUCACCAAAUCCCCCAAAAGAAAAACAUAAUUGUGAAGAGACUAUGAUCAAAAGUCAUGAAAUGAGGAAGUUCAUAGACCCAACCCUCUAAAAGUUUGGGAAACUGAGUAUAGAGGCAACACUGACCAUAACUUCAAUUCCUCCAUAAAUUGAAUCGCUGUGAGCAAAUAACAUAUAACCAUGGUUAGCACUGCUCAGUCAGUCCAUGAGGAUCAUGAAAAGUAUCCAGAACUGUUGUGGUUUAAAGCUUAAAUAUAAAACUAUUGAAAUACAGUCCUAAAUUAGCUACUGACUACCAAUCCAUAAACUGGCAGGCACAUGCCAAGAUUUACUGAUUAAAUCUUAUUCACAGAUCCUUAAAAUGGAGUGUUCAGGACUAGAAAUAUCAGGAAAAGUGACAAUAAAUGACACACAUCCUUCUGUCUUUGGAAAAAAAAUCCCAGCACAAAAGAGGGACCAUGUAUUAUUGCUGAGGGCAGAAAAGUCUGCAAAACUGAAUUCAAACAUUCACUUUAUGAAUUCAGAUUACUGUUACCUUGUUAUUCCGUCAUGAAACGGAAAAUAUUUUCCAGGAAAACUGAAUAAAAUGUAGUACAAUUGCUUUUAUACUUUGAAAUUUCUUUUAAUUAUUGCAAAAGAUGUGUGGUAUUGUGUAUUAAGAUAUGCUGUGGCAUUUAGAUUUAAUUAAACGAGGAACAAUGUU